UGAUGUGUCAAUCCGAUCGCGGCUGGCGACUAGUCUGAGGAUAGAUUGCUAAAGCUGAGCUAUGAUGUCGGGACGUUCCGCACCCGACCGCUCUUUCAACCGACUUCUGCUGCAACAAUACUUAUUUCUGCUGAAGAAGUACCCAAUAUUGACCAAGUCCGUUACCAGUGGCAUUCUCUCAGGGCUUGGAAAUGUUCUGUCUCAAAUUAUGGAAAACCGAAGAAAGGAUCUAAGUAUAACAAAAAAUAUAACAUUUGGAGGCCCUAUCAGAUUUGGAGUAUUUGGAUUGGUUUUCACGGGUCCUCUAAGUCAUUACUUCUAUCUAUAUCUCGAUAAACUGUUUCCAUCCAAUGUUCCCUACUCCCAAAUAAAAAGACUUCUUCUGGACCGACUGAUGUUUGCCCCAGCAUUCCUUGCUCUUUUUUUUGUGGUGAUUUCUCUACUCGAGGGAAAGAACUUGAAGGCGUUAAAGGACAAGAUGAAGACUGGAUACUGGAUUGCACUGAAAAUGAAUUGGAAAGUUUGGACCAUCUUUCAGUACAUUAACAUUAAUUAUGUGCCUGUUCAGUUCCGGGUGCUGUUUGCAAAUUUGGUAGCUCUGUUCUGGUAUGCAUACCUAGCUUCAAUCAGAAGAUGAUGUUUCAUCAUUAGUAUUAAUCACUAGCAGCUUGGAAUAAUUCCUUUUUCUUCAAGAACAACCUUGAAAGAAGACAGCAGUGAAUGGACAUGGCCAAAUCCUAAUAUAAUAUUUCAUAUUUUCCCAAAUAUGUAAUGGACAGAUAACUCUUUAACUUGGAGAAGUGUUUUAGUGUAACCUAGCUGUGACAUUUGCAGAAUACUUAACUGUAUUUUUUAAUUGCUGAGCAUUAACUAAUUCUGCGAACUAUUUUCUAUGUUAAAUUUUUAAGUACAUUUGAUUUUAUAAUACUGGUAGCAUUCAAUCAAGGAUUUAAGCUGUAAUUGAAAAUUGUAAAAAAACUAAGCGAGAAUGUCAAAUGAGUUCUAUCUGCAAUAACUAUCUAAUUUAUACCAUAUUCAGAAAUUUUAUUUAAUGUACUAGGGAAUAUUGGUUACUGUUUCUAGAUAUAUCAAUAAUUUAAUUGAACCAUUAUUUCAAAAGUUGGCAGAUUCUGAGCAAACUAAAAAUAAGUUGAUUGAUAAUGUAAUGAUAGUGUACGUACCUUUCUAAUAUGUUAAGAGAAAUUAACUUGCCAUAAGUAUAUUAAUACUGUGUUAAGUACAUGAAUUGUCCAUGAUUACAAUGGAUGAAUUUGUCUUUGAACAGUAAUAUACAGAGAAAUAAGAGCAGGUUUAGGCUGAACAGUCUCCUUAGCCUGCUUCACCAUUGAAUAAGAUCCUAGCUGAUUAGAUCUUGGUCUCAAAGCUAAUUUAAGUUCUCUUAACUCUUCAUUCCUUAGUUAAAAAUCAAUCUCAGCUUUUAGCACUCUCAAUGACUCAACAUUCAGUACUCGAGUUGCUUGACAGUAGAGUGGAGAAUUUCAAAGUUUCGUUAAGGGGUCCACUGAUUAUUCUAAAAAGCACCCUUUAUAGGCUUUACCAUCAACAAAACUUUUUUACAGGAUCGAUCCAUUUGAGCCCCUCAGAAUGCUGUAUGUCACAAUUUGGUAAACUCUCAUUCUUCCAACUCCAGUGUUGUGGCCCAUUUUGCUCAUUCUUUCUUCAGAGGCCAGCCACCUUAUAUAGACAUGGGUCUACCAUAUAUAUGACCCCCUUCAUCUAAAUUUCAAUAUAGAUUAUGAAUAGUACAUUUCAGAAAUGAUUCCUUAAUUACCUUUUUUUAACAAACCAAUUAAGGGGGAAUUAAUAUUCUGCAGCCAGCUAUUUAUUUUUAGUUGUUCUGUGGCACUGGGUAACACAAAAUACAAUUGAAAAUAAUCAUUGGAGAAAAAUAAAGAAUUUUUGAUAAAGGCAA